AUGGAGUCCCGGUUCACGUACAACCACGGAACAUUUCAAGAAUCCGAGCAAUCCUUCUCGGCCAUCCUCCAAGUUUACGUCCACAAUAUAUGCAUACACGACAACAAAGACAUGCACGCCAAAUUCUCCUUCACCUACAAUCCGGACGAGACUCUCUCCACAAGGAUCAUCAACAAAAACCCGGAUUUAAAUUUCGACGAGAGGCUGAUCAUGAAAAUCCGCCAGGCGGACGCUGUCUUAAAAUGCGAGAUAUGGAAUGAUCAGCUUCUCGGUUUUGCUCUCGUCCCCAUUUCUUCUGUUCCCGGAAAAGGGAAAGUCACCCGAAUUUUUGACCUUUCGUCGACAGACCUGUUUCACUCGCCAGCUGGAACUGUCAAAUUAUCGCUCUCCCUUGACCCGGAAAGCCUUAUUACCACUAUUUAUCCCGAAAAAGGCGGGUUCUUUGAGGAUUUGUCUAUCUGGAAGAAGAAAUGUGAGGAAAAUGGGAAUAUGGGGAAACAGAUAGUGGAUAUGUACAUGAGGAGCAUGCAGCAGUUUACAGAGUCACUGGCUAAAAUGAAGCUUCCAAUGGAGUUGGACAAGCCCAAAAUCAUGGAUGGACCAAGGGAUUUGAUUCAAGAUGAUGAUGAGAAAAUCGAGAUGGAGAAGGAGAAAAGGGAGAUUAAUGCCAGGGUGUUUUAUGGUAGCAGGGCUUUUUUCUAG